GUGGAACUUAAACCAGACCUCACGUCCUGAUUACACCAAUUCUCAACGUCCGGCAUUCUGUGGUUUGAGAGGGUAUCAGAUCUUGCUGUUGAUACCAUACGAGCACUUUGCUAACGGGCGACUAAAACACACAAUCUUGGGAUUCAGCAAGCCCAGAUACUGAGAUUUCCGUCAAUAAUUAUGGCUUCUCCGCAAAGACGAGAGACGGUCCGCCAUAUCCAAGCAGCAAUGGCCGCUGGGUACUCAGGCAUGGGUGCAUGGUGUUUAUUCCACCCAUCAUCGGUCAUCAGCUUGGCGUUAACACCGACUUAUGCCGCCUUCGACCCAACAACAUCUCUUUUCUGUCGGUGCUUUGGUGCUCAAGCCAUGACGUGCGGGUUGCUCCUCGGCACAUCCGACAUGACUGUCAAUAGCUUCGUGGCUUUUGGGCUUGCGAUGAUCCCGUAUAUUGGUUUCAAUGCCUGGUUUGGUAUUGGCCCAGGGAAGGGGGUGUUCACUAGAUGGCUUUGGAUGGACUUUAUUGGGAACAUGGUGUUUGGACUGGGCUCUAUGUACUGUGCUAAACUGCUCGUGGAGGAAGAGGUGGACUGCAAGGGGAAGGUAUCCUGAUGCUUCCAUCUUCGUCGUCGCCGACGAGGCCACUAGCGCGGUGGACGGCGACGCCGAGGGGGCGGGG